CCCACUUCAGCGUUCCACCGGAGCAUUCUUCUAAUUGGGUCAUUAAAAUUAUUCCCGGUUCUUAUCUUUUACCCGUGGCACGCGGAGAGCUUCCAUCCAAACGGCUUUAGGGCUUCUCCCCUCUUGGUAGAGAUCUCCGAUGGCGGAGCAGCAGCAAGCCCAAACGGAGUCGCCGGCACGAUCUCCGUCACUGUCUCAGCCACCGCAGCAACAGAGGCAGCGGGAGGAGAUGAUGGCGUGCGUGGUGGCGCUGGAGGCGGCGCUGCUCCCCUGCCUCCCCGCCCGCGAGCUCCAAGCUGUCGACCGCUCCGUGCACUCCUCCCACCAGAUUGAUGUUGAAAGGCAUGCACGAGAUUUUAUGGAGUCUGCGAAGAGGCUUCAAUUGUAUUUCAUUGGGCUACAACGUGAGGAUCAGCCCACCAAGGAAGAAAUGCUUCGAAAGGAGAUCUCCAUCAUGGAAGAAGAGUUGAAAGCCAAGUCUGAGCUGAUUAAGAAGCAUGAGAAACUCAUUCAAGGGUGGAGGAAGGAGUUGAAGGACCAGCUGGAGAAGCAUGUCACAGAGUUGGAGAGGGUGUAGAAAUUCUCUUAUUGUUUGUUUGUUUCAGUUUAGCACUUUAACUAUUACUUCUACCAAGAGGGAUCCUGUGUACCAAAUGAUAGAGAAGUUCAGGGGUAGUUAGAAAUUGUCAUUUUGUGGAUGCAAGGCAUACUGCAUGUUAAUGGCUGUAUCAAGUCUUAUAGAAAAUUGUGUUAAUUUCUGCUGACUCAGCCAGUUUUGUAGGAUGGCAAAAUAAAUAAUUUGAUCAUCACAUAGUCAUCUAAACAAUUUAAAGAGGUUUGGAAAAUAAUAGUUGAAAUUAACUA